GAAAGAAUAUUACGAAAAUAUGAUAGAUUUUAAUAAAGAAAAUCCUACGACUAUGUGGAAAACCUUGAAAGAAGUAAUUAGAGGCGAGUAGGUAUAAAGGAAAUAAGAAAUAUAGAUUUUGAGAUCUUAGGCGAUACUAAAGAGUGCAAUAUAGCCGAUAAAUUUAAUUUAUAUUAUAUACAAAGUAUCAAUAGUAUAGUAAACUCUAUAAAGGUAAAAAGAUCCGGCAGUGAUAUAAUUGAAUUUUGGAUGAAUAUAAAUAAGAAAACUAUAUAUACUAUUGAGAACAAAGGAAUUAUGGAAAGUUUUGAGGUUGUUACACUAGAGCAGCUAGAAGAAAUAGUUAUAAGAUUACCAAAAAAGAAAGGUACGGAAGAAGGAAUAACUAGUGAUAUAUUGAAGGUAUCUUUUCCUCUAAUAAAAGAAAAAUUUGCAAUUUUAAUAAAUAAUUCUUUAAGAGAAGGUCACUGUCCGGAAGGUUGGAAAAUCUCUACUAUAAUACCAAUCCUAAAGAUAGAUAAAGAAAAAAAACCAACGAAUAUAGGCCUAUUAAUAUGUUACCAAUAUAUGAAAAAGUGCUAGAAUUAGUAGUAAAAGAACAACUUGAAACAUAUUUGAAAACAAACGGUAUUAUAACAGAACAUCAGGCGGGAUUUAGAAAAUAUUAUUCGUGUGAAACAGCGAUUCAAUCCGUCAUAGACGAAUGGAAAUUAAUAGUGAGCAAGGGAAAAAUGGUAGGAGUUAUCUUCAUGGAGCUUGAGCGUUUGAAACAAUAGGUAGAGAAAGAUUGUUAGAAAAAAAUGUAUCAAUACGGAAUUAGAGGAAUGACCUUAGAGUGGUUCAAAUCAUACUUAAAUAAUAGGAAACAACAGGUACGAUUCAAUCAGAUAUGGUCUAAAUUAUUGCCUACAGAAUAUGGAGUGCCACAAGGUUCAGUACUAAGACCUUUGCUAUUUAUAUUAUAUAUAAAUGAUAUAAUUGAAGUCUGUCCAGAAGGAUGCAAUAUAAAAAUGUUUACAGAUGACACGCUUAUAUAUGUAAAUGGAGAAAAUAGUGCAGAUGUAGAGGUAAAAAUGAAUACGGCGUUUAUGAAUAUAAAUAAGUUAAAAAUGAACGCAAAUAAAACAAAAUAUAUGAUAGUUAGAAGUAUUAGAAAAGAAUUAAGAGGUAUUACUGUGGUGAAGUGUCUGGAUGGAAUUGAAAUAAAACGGGUGUCAACCAUGAAAUAUUUAGGUAUAAUGCUAGACGAUAGACUUAGAUUUCAGGACCACUGCGAUUAUAUACUUAAGAAAAUAGGAAAAAAGACUAGCUUUUUAAAUAGAAUAGGUAACUUUGUAUCAGCAUAUACUAGAUGUAUUGUAUACAAGUCCAUCAUAGCACCUCAUUUCGAGUAGGGGAGAGUGGGGCUGGUUGGCCGCGAAGCAGGUUAGCCGACUGGCUGUUUGAAAAUGAUAGGAGCGACAAGUGGCGCCCUCUCUACGAAAUUAAGUGUGUUAGUGAGAGAUAAAUACGUGACUGUGUUAUUGUUUAUUUAUGCUGCGUCGUUUUGGCAAAACAGUAAUUUGUUUAUUUUCGAGAGUGGUGAGUAAAUACAUACAGUAAGAAAUUUUUAUGGUUAUUGAAUAUACUUGUUGUUAUAAUUAAUGGAGAGUAUACAUAUUUUAAAGAGCAUUCCAUAGACUUUCUAAAUUAUCAUUGUUUUUAAAACUAACCUCACUUUUGAUAUUCGUAAAAUGUAAAAAUGUUUUGCUCGUGGCGUUUGGAGUAGAUUGGCCGAGUUGGGUACGGGGCAGGUUGGCCCAGUCGUAAAAUAUGAAACGGGAAACAGUUUUAAUUAUAUGCACUGUGCGGAUAAACAAUAAUAUAAUAUUCAUGCUAAACGGAUAAAUAUUUUAUUUCAAGAAUAAACUAUGUAUUGUUAGUAUUAAAUAAACAAAAACCUAAUUUUUGUUAGAAUAAUACCACUGCAAUAAAAUGCGGGUGUACAAGCGAAAGAGCGAGAAAGGAAUGACGGAUAAAAAGGUUUUAAAGAAAGCUGUCAACGCUGUCGUCGUAAGAAAACAGAAAAUCGGAGCUGUUGCAUCGCAAUAUAACAUUCCUAAGCGAACCUUGUCGAGAUAUUGUUUCAAAACGCGAAACAAGAACCAGGAAAAUAAUGCGGAUACAUCAUUGCAAGAAAAUAUUGCUAAUCUGAACAUUGGGUACCAGAGAAAUCGACAAGUUUUUACUGCUGAUCAAGAAAAAGCACUGGAAAAGUACCUCUUGCGCGCAUCGGACAUUUAUUUUGGUCUGUGCCCCAAAGAAGUUCGAAAACUAGCUUUCCAAUAUGGAAAGGCAAUUCCGGUUACUAUGCCAGCGUCUUGGACAGAAAAUGAAUUAGCCAGGAAAGAUUGGUUUUGCUCAUUCCUCAAGAGAAACAACUCAUUGUCGAUACGCACUCCAAAAGCAACUAGUCUUGCUCGAGUUUCAAGUUUCAACCCUAUAAACGUUGCUCGAUUUUUCAACAACUUGAAAACAGUCUUGAAACGAUUCAAUAUUCAAGCAAGCGACAUAUGGAACAUAGAUGAAACAAGAGUUACUACAGUCCAAAGACCAAACCGCAUUGUUGCUCGAAAAGGAUUCAAACAAAUCGGCAGAAUCACAUCAGCUGAAAGAGGAACUUUGGUUACGGUUGCUGCCACAGUGUCGGCAUCGGGAAAUACAAAUCCCCCAUAUUUCGUUUUUCCUCGAGUGCAUUUCCACGACCAUUUCAUUCGCGAUGCUCCCACGGGCAGCGCUGGAUCGGCGAAUCGGAGUGGUUGGAUGACUGAAGAUAUUUUUGUGGAAUAUGCAAAACAUUUUAUUCGCCAUGUCAAGCCAUCUCGUAAAAGAAAAGUCCUUCUGAUGCUCGAUAAUCACAAGUCGCAUUUGUCUAUUGAAGCGCUGGAUUUAUUCAAAAAUAAUGGCGUCGUUGUCUUGAGCUUUCCACCUCAUUGCAGUCAUAAACUGCAGCCACUGGAUCGGUCUGUUUAUGGAUCUUUCAAAACUUACGUCAAUACAUUCAUAGACGCAUGGAUAACUAAUAACCCAGGAAAGAGGAUGACGAUUUACGAUCUUCCUAGCAUUGUUGCUUCAGCAUUAUCACUUGCAUGCACGCCGCAAAACAUCCAAUCUGGAUUUCGAGUUUCAGGCGUGUGGCCUUUUAAUUCUGAAAUUUUCCGUCCUGAGGAAUACCUUGCUGGAUUUUCAACCGAUUGUCCAAAUCCGAAUGCUGAGGCAGAUCCCGUUCCGACUUCAUCGGAACGUUCUCAACAAGUCAUCGCUUUGGAAGAAAUCCGACCAUUUCAAAAAGCCAAUUCUCGCACAUCAGAUGUGAAAAAGCGCAAAGGCAGAAAGCGGAGAUCGACAGAAAUUUUGACCGACUCGCCAGUUAAGAAAGCUCUGGAAGAAGAAAAGGAAACCUUGCGAAAAAAACGAGCGAAAAACGCAUCCAAGCAAACUGAAGCAGCGGCAAAAGAAGCGAAGAAGGCUCCUAAAAAACAAGCAGCAAUUCCUGUACACAAAUCAACGAGGAACAUAAAAAAACAAAUACAAUGAGGCAAUUUUUAAAUGUGUACAAUUGUGAUUCAAUAUAUAAUUCAAUAAACAAUUGUUUAAAAUGAAAUAA